CCCAGCUCCGACCGACAAAACAGGCUCCCACUAAAGUGGGUAUCGGGGAUGAUCGACACCAUGCCCAUGACACACGCAGAUCUCGCAUCCCUGGACCUUAUGUUCCUUCAAGAGCUCAUUUCACCGGAAGUUUCAGCACAGCUUCCCUCAGGAGUCUCCAAGACACAGAUGCGUCCGCUUGUAUCAACAGACUACAAACGCAGACAUCUCGAUGUCCUUUCCGUUCUAUCCAUCGUCAACGACCUCUGCGAGGUAUUAGCGUGGGUCAGCCAGUUCCACGCCAUGCGCGCAACCCCGAACGCAUAUUUCUCCGUCAUCAUCCUCGACAAGGCGAGCGAUAAGAUUGUCGGAGUAGGCACCGUCUUCAUUGAGCGCAAGUUCCUCCGCGGUCUUGGGAGAGUCGGCCACAUUGAGGAUAUCGCCGUCGACCGAAGCCAGCAGGGAAAGAAGCUUGGUCUCCGUAUCAUCCAGGCCCCCACGCAUAUUAGUGAGAGCGGCGGCUGUUAUAAAAUCAUCCUGAACUGUAAUGACACCAACAUUCCUUUCUACCGAAAGUGUGGCUAUGUUAAGAAGGAGAAGGAGAUGAUGAAUCUAAGUAUUUUUUAUAGUUUUUACUAA